AAUAAGAAAUUUCUAGACGUUGUAUGCAUGAUUAUAUAUUUUGUAAAUAUAAACACAUACAGGUAAACUCUAGAAGUAUCCGUAGCAAAACAUCAAGUGAAUAUUUAUUAACUUAGUCAGUUUCACGAGGCAACCUUAACUGUUGUACUUGAAUUAGUGACUAAGCAGACAGCAGAAUGGAUGGUAUAAUGCCCCGAGAUUCUCUGUUCCAGCUCCGUGAUAUGUUCGUGGCACCAGACCAAGGAGAUGAUUCAGACAGUGACAUUGAUGAUUCACCAAUAGGUGGAGUGAAUAAAUUAGGUCCAGGAGACCUUGGACCCCAGAAAAAAGAAGCAGCUCCAAAAGAAAUAGAGAAAACACAGAAGAAGAAAACAAAAGAUAUUUGGGAUGAUGAUGAAGUAGUGGAGGGAUCAGAAUAUGACACAUUAUAUGACCCACGACCUCAGCCAGAGUAUGACAUUAUUUACAAACAAGCUGUGACCUCAGAAGACAUGUUUCUACAGAUGGGAAAUAAAAAUAAUGCCACUGCUAGCUGUGAAGAUAUGGUGGUUAAAAUAGAAUUACCAGGUAUCAAAGGCUCUGAUAUAGAAUUAGACGUCAAAUCUAAAUUUUUAGAUUGUAGAACACCCAAAAGUAAACUAGGACUACAUCUACCACAUCCUGUUGACCACAAGGCAGGGAAAGCACAGUGGGAUGCUGACAAACAAGUAUUAACAGUCACAUUACGGAUGGUCAGAGACUAUGAUGAUUUUAAUUUCUGAUCUUGUUUCAUUUUUAAAUGUUAAAACUUGUUAUUUAUAAAUCAGGGUUUGAUCUCAAACUUUGAUAUUUUUCAAACCAUGUUUAACUUAAUUAUUUUAAAUAUACAAGACCAUAAAAAAUAUUACAUUGUGUGUUUUUUACUGGAAGUUUUGUUGUGUAUUUUCUUUAAAUGGGCAAUCCUACAUCUUGACUAAAAUAUAUUGGGCUGGUUUAAUUUUCAUAAAACUUUGAGAAAAUAUUUACUUUGACCUGUUGACAAAAAUAGAAAAAAUUCAAGAAAUUUGAACCACAAAAUUUACAGGAAUAAUUUCAUUGGUUAGAUAGCAGUUUGACAAACACUAAUUUUGAUCAAACUGUCUCUGAGACAUCAUAUCUUCAUCCUGGGUAUGCAAGAAAUAUUUGUGACUACAUUAAAGAGGGGAGGGUAUCAAACAUAUUGAGUCAAUAAUAUUCCCAUUGCUUAAUUUUUUCUGAUUUUAUUUUAGGAGAAACAGACAACUCUGAUGAAUAAAAUUUUUAUUUUGAGUAGCAAUAAUUUCAGAUUUAAUUUUUUUGCAAACAGUGUUUGCCAAUUAUGCAUCGUAUACAUAAUAUCAGAUCAUUGAACAUUUACAUUGUUUUUGUUAAAAUGUUUUCUCAUUUAAUUUGAAAUAUUCAUUUUGUAAUUUAAAUGUGCACAUAUUACAGAAAACAUUCCAUGAACAAAAUCAAUUACAUUCCGUCCAACCUAUGUGAAAUGUAUUUUAUAUAUAUUUAUUUGAAUUUUACAUUUAUUUAUGUUUAAAAAAUAAAUUGAUUAAUUUUCA